UACCUCGUCGCGUCGCGGAGUGUUGGUAAACACCACUUCACGUGCAAGACUUCAGCUGGUUGCUAGAGUUCACUUUUGCCAAUAGGCGACGCCGAAUAUCGGCGCGCGAACUUGUGACGUCGUAGUGAAUGGGCUAUUUUUAGAGCGGUCGAAGCUCCCGUUGCCGAGGCCUCCGCGGCAACGCACGCGGCAUCGCGAAAGAAGCCGUGCCCCGGCGGCAACUGCCAGGAAGCGUCAACCACAUUUGUGGCGGACAUGGAGCUGAUGGCUGCUUUGACACCCGUAUGGAUUAUCUUGGCGGUGACGCCCGGCGUCCUCCUGUAUCUAUACGUGACACGGAAUCGCAGCUUCUGGAAGAAUCAGAACGUCCGGUCGGAGCCAUAUUCGCUCAUACUUGGUGCCACGCUGAAGAUUUUCUUGAACCCUGUCCAUGAGGUCGACCUUGCCAGGUACAAAAAGUACGGACCGCUUUUUGGUGCGUUCGAGAUGGGUAAGGCCAUUCUGUUUGUUGCGGAACCAAAGUUGGUGAAGACGGUGCUGGUGGACGACUUCUCAGCCUUGCCUGACAGAAGGACGAUUAAGAUGAAUGAACCGCUCUUGGAUAAUGUGAUGAGCAUGGCUCCAUUCGAAGUAUGGCAAAAGGUUCGCAAAGGUUCCGCACCAGCAUUUUCUGCAAGUGUGCUACGAAAAAUGAAUGCCUUGAUUGAGGAGUGCGCAUUGGCGACAACAGAGCACCUCAAGAAAGCAGCAUCCAGUAAUCAGGACAUCGAUGUGAAACAGUUCUUCUCGGACUACGUAUUGAACCUGAUAGCGAAGUGCGCCUUCGCGGUGAAGUUGGACUCUCACUCGGACCCAACAAACGAGUUUGUCACAAGAUCGAAGCAAGUCCUUUCACAACGCUUCACCCCACGCCUGUUGGUGAUGGUUGUGUUUCCAUUCAUCGCAAGGAAGCUUGGCAUCGGGCCAAUGAAGCGGGACGUCGUCGACUUCUUCAGAAAUUUGGGCCGGAACCUGAUGAAAGACAAUAAGGACACGGACGUGCAGCACGAUAACUUUUUUAAAAUUCUGAUGGACGAAAAGAAAAUACAAGUUGACGCGAAACACGGAGAAGUCUUUGAUCGGGACCGUCGGCUGUUCGACGUCGCUUCUGACAGCAAGCCAGACUCUUCAGCAUCGUCAGAGAUAAAGCUGACGGAAGACGAAGCCAUGGCACAGUGCAUACUAUUCUUCCUCGCUGGUCAACUCAAGACAUCGAAUGCGAUCGGCUGCACCCUAUACCUGCUUGCCCUUCACCAGGAAGUGCAAGACAGGCUGAGGAAUGAAGUCGACGAAUGCUGCGCACUUCAUGGAGAUCACCCUGGCCUGGAUGCGAUCACGAAGCUGAGGUAUCUUCACUGCGUUGUCUCCGAAACUCUGCGCUUGUACCCUCCUGUUUCACGGUUUGAACGAGCGCCUUCUGAAGACUAUACACUCGGAGACACUGGAGUGAAAGUGACAAAAAACGAUCUGGUCGCCGUUCCUAUUUACGCCAUACAAAACGACCCGAAAUACUUUCCAGAGCCAUCCACCUUCGACCCCGAAAGGUUCAGCGAAGAGAACGCCGGUUCGAUUCAACCGUACACUUACCUUCCAUUUGGCGCUGGACCGCGCAAUUGCAUCGCAAUAAAGUUCUCCCUGCAGGCUACAAAGCUUGCCAUCUUUCACGCCAUUCGCAACGUGCAGGUGGUGCGCACUGAAAAUACCAAAGUUCCUCUUGUGUUUCAAAAUGGGUUCAGGCCUAUGACUGCUGAAAAUAUCACGCUGGGAAUCAGGAAACGUAUAUAGCGAAGCGAGCUGCUGCUUUAGUCGCCUCGCUUUCACCUUCCAAGCUACAUUGUUGCAAAUGGUUGGUGAACGUGAAAAGCAUAUGAGCUUUUCACAUUGUGACGUUUUAAAUUCCCUUCAGGUGCCACUGAAAUUUCGGUUAUGUUGAAAUAAUAGCGAAAGUUGGGCUAGUUGGUGGUUCAUGCUUAGGAUGUAAAAACAGCGCGAAAAAUAUAGACAAGGACAGAGGAAGAGGUGUCGUCUCUUCCUCUGACAUUGUGUAUAUUUUUUUUGCGCUGUUUUUGCAUCCUAAGUUAUGUUGCAUUUCUCACAUAUUAAAAGUUGUCAAAACCAAAAUGCGGUAAAUAGAUUCAGAGCUUUGAAACUUUGACAGUGUUUUCUCAAGUUUACAAAACUUGUAGACUGAAUGCGUGCGCUGUCUACAGGCAUGCGAACUAUGAGGCCUCCAGCAUGCUUGAAAGACACCUAUUCAGCCACGUGACAAAUCAGCCAGACGACCGCGUGAAACUUUGUUACCAACAGUAAAAGACGCGAAACCUCCACGUGAGUACAAAGCGGAAGCGGAAGUUCAGCUCCCAACUGCGCUCGCUAAUUAUUCCGCUCCUAUUGUUCAAGUUUGGAGCAAAUACGAAAUCCCGAGUAUGUCAAAAGACGUGGCGCAUAUAUUAGCCUGAAUUAUUUUCAUUAGCACUUUUGCUGCCGGUGCGCCAUCUUGACGCAAAUAGUUGUAAACGCCGGGCCUGAAGGGGAAAUAGUUGUAGCUCUCUAUUGUGAAAAGUUGUAUGGUGAAUAUACAAUGUUGUUGUGAAAAAUAAAGUGUACAAAUCUCUAA